AUGGCGCUGCUCCGGCUCAAGAAAAGUGUCGAAAUUCGGCACAAACGAAAAGCAGAACUUGACGCGUUCUUUGCAGAAGCUACGGGAAUUACUACUCCAGCGCCAGGGCCAUCUCAGAACACUGUCGCCCUCGAAAAAGCCCUGGGCGUACUCGAGGCCACGAUUGUCGGAGACGCUGAGGCAGCCAUCCCAAAGCUUCGUCUUGCCGUGGAACGCAAAAGAUUGAAAGCCAUUCGCUCUGGUGUGCCAAAAGAGGUUGCAAAGACAAGCACCGACAGCGCUCGCACGCCGCUGAAACGACCCAAGAACAGGCGAGAAACGCUCAGUAAUGCUCAAGAAUCCGGAAAAGAUGAAGCCAAGGUAGAUACUCCGGCCGAAUCCAGUGCCACCCCCGCCAAGAAAAAGCGCGCGACCUUGGUGAAGCCUGCUGAAGCUGAGAAUAAAGCUGUCGAGGAGGGCGAUCUCGCGGGCAAAACACCCAAGAAGAAGCAAGCGACUUUGACGGGCUGGCUGGUGAAGACGCCAGAGCCGAAAAAUGAUGGCGAUCAGGCCGACCGCGCUCCCGAUGUCGAUUUGAUGCCUGUCCUUUCUAGCAAGCGGGCCAAGAAGAAGCCAUCAGUUUUGAAGAAGGCUGAUGGGUCAGGAAGUGAUGUCGCGCAGGCCGAUUCAACAUCCGGCCCACUUCCCUCGCCAGGCCUUCCAGCGAAAAGUGCCUUGAACCGCAGCACGAAGAAACAGCUAGCCACUCCGCGGAAGCCGGGAAAUGUGGAGAAAGUGGUUGUUCAAUCGGAGAGCGCCAAGAAACAGCGAGCGGCACCGCACAAGUCGGCAGCUACAUCCUCGGGGGUGGAGGUGGAGAAAGAGAUUCAACAGGAAAGCCUCAAGAAACAGCGGGCAACGCCACGCAACUCUUCGAGUCUGGUGAAGGGCGUUGAACCAGAAAGCACCAAGAAACAGUUCCAAACGCCGAGGAAGCCUGGAAAUGUCGAGAAAGUGAUUGCACAGGAGAGCACUAAGAAAGGGCGAGCGACGCCGCGCAAGUCUGAAGCGACGUCUUCGAAGGCGGAGAAAGCGGUUGUUGAAGCGGUGAUCACGUCUGCCCCUGGCACCAAGAAACAGACCCGGACGCCGCGCAAGCCAUCAAAGGAGGAGGAGAAGGAGGGCAGACAGGUUGAUCCAACUUCGGAUUCGACAGCAGCUCCAUCGGUCGAGGCGGUACACGAAGAGGUGAAGAAAAAGCGCACGAAACCCGCAAAAAUCGAUGUAGUAGAGCUUUCUGAGGAUGAAGCUCCCCCCAAUCGCAAAGAGGAGGUCUCGGCGAAGCCAGAAGAUUCCAUCGAUCUCGACGAAACCUUUGCUCUCCCCAUGCACCCGAUCGAUAUCGAUAUCCCAGUGGAUAGCACUCCAGCGAGCGCCGUUCCUAGCCACAUCUCCACCGGAAGCUGGCCAACCGCAUCGGCAAAAAGGCGAUCGACAGCUAGCAACCCGAGUCUGUUGAGGCGCCCGACUCCGAACCCGGCUCUCGAAAUUGCCCAAGUAUGCCGGGACCAGUUCGCCAAGUUGUACGCCCAGAAGUUCGUGCCGCCGCCGAGGAGAAAGACAGCCUGGGACUUUGUGCUCGAAGAGGUCAAAUAUCUCAGUGAGGAGUUCCGGCGCGAGCGAAAAUUCGCCCAACGCUGUCGCGUUACGGUAUCCAGAGAAAUCACGCGCUGGUGGUCGGCGCAGAACCAAUGGAAGGAGCGCCAAAAGCAGGAGUCGAUCAAGAAUCGCAAGAAACAGUGCGCCCACGUCGCCAAGCUGGUCAAGGAGUUCUGGUCGAACGUGUCGAAGGUGGUUCACGCGAAGGCGAUGCAAGACAUUGCCGCCAGCAAGCGGGCUGUCAUGCGGGAGCACGUCAACAAGAUGAUCGAGGAUGCCGAGCACCUGUCGACGCUGCUCUCAUCGUCGUUUGUGCCGGUUCAAGGCACCAAUGAAAACGCGGAGAACACCGCUCGCAAGCCCGCGAAAAAGCGGAAGUCAGCCGGUGCCGAUCGGACUUUGUUGAACGAAUCGCAGGCGAGUAUGGAUGAUGUUCUAAAAUCUCUGCCCGUGGAAUACCUGGCGAAGAUCACCGGCAUUGAUGCCACGGUAUUGGAUGCCGAGAGAAGCGCGUCCCCGUCGGCGGAGAAGGAAGCUCUGGAACCGGAAGAAGCGGAUGCUCCAGUUAAACAAGAGACGAUCGCCGUCCUCGCCCACCUCGCCUGCACCGAGUACAAGUGGGGCCCGCAUCUCGUGAUCGUGCCGACGUCGGUGAUCCUCAACUGGGAGAUGGAGUUUUUCAAGUGGUGCCCCGGCUUCAAAGUGCUCAGCUACUACGGAACUGUGAAGGAGCGCAAGGCAAAGCGGGCGGGCUGGCAAAAGCCGGACGCCUUCCACGUCUGCAUCGCCUCCUACAACACGGUGAUGAUGGAUUUGCGCAUGUUCAAGCGAAAGCACUGGCAAUACAUGGUGCUCGACGAAGCGCACAACAUCAAAAACUUCAAGAGCAUGAAAUGGCAGGCGUUGCUGACGAUGAACGCCGAUCAUCGGCUACUUUUGACUGGCACCCCUCUUCAAAACAACCUGAUGGAGCUGUGGUCGUUGAUGCACUUCCUGAUGCCCGAGGUCUUCGCCAGCCACGAUGCGUUCAAGGAGUGGUUCUCGAAUCCGCUCAACGACAUGGUAGAGGGAAAUGUCGAAUACAAUGAUGAGCUGGUCAACCGUUUGCACAAGAUCCUCCGCCCAUUCAUCCUGCGCCGCCUGAAGUGCCAGGUGGAGAAGCAGAUGCCCGGCAAGACAGAGAUCAUCGUCAAGUGUCCGCUCAGCCGCCGCCAGCGCUUCCUCUACGAUGAUUUUAUGGGGCUUCGAAGCACCCGCGAGUGCCUCCAAUCCGGCAAAAUGGUGUCCGUCCUCGGCGUCAUCAUGCAGCUGCGCAAGUGUUGCAACCACCCCUCGCUUUUCGAGCCGCGCGGCGUCACGUCGCCCUUUAUUUUCAAGGCCAAACGCACCUACUUCCCAGGAAAGUGCUUCGACAUCGUGCCCCCGGAAGAAACAGCCGCCUUUUCAGGAUAUUCGCUGUUUGGGCAUAUUAAUCAUCUUGAAAGCUCGAAUAAAGUUUCCAUCCUCGACGAGAAGCCGAAAUGGCCGCAGUUUCGUCGUUACAAAUUUGACAAGGGCGCCGAGGACGGCAGACUGGCUAUGGGAUUCCUCAAAUUGAGGAAUACGCGCUCACCGGAGUCCAGGAAGUCGCCAUUCAUCCAACUUCUAGCAUCACAACGGAUUGUAUAUCCAGUGCAAAACGAGGCCCAGCUUGGCGGACUGAUCAAGCGGGCUCGAGGCUCGGAAAAACCGCAAAGCCACUACGAUAGGAAACCGGCCAUACCGUAUGGCUUCAUCGACGUGUUGUUGCAGGAAAUUAGCGACCCGCUACACGCUCGCCAACAGACGAUGCACGACGACGUCGAGAAGGUGCUACUGCGCCCAUUUUCGAGCUUGCCAAGGUAUUCCAUCUAUCUCCCGGCUGCCGUUUCGCUCGAGAGGAGGCUGGACGUCGGCCAAGGCCGCCGCUCGUGCCACAAGGGCGAGGAUCUUCAAAUGGAUAAUUAUUGCGCGGAAGUCUAUCGAACACUCGACAAGCGUAGCGCACGGAUGCUGGGCGAUCAGCAAAUGCAGCUGCCCGAUACCCGGUUGAUCGAAUUCGAUUGUGGAAAACUCCAAGUCCUGAAGAACCUCCUCCAACGCCUACAUUCCGAAGGCCACCGUGUGCUCAUCUUCACCCAGAUGGCUCGAAUGCUCGACAUUCUGCAAGAAUUCCUGUCCUUCCACUGCUACCACUACUUCCGCCUUGACGGCGCCACCGGCAUCGAGCAGCGCCACGCCAUGAUGGAGCGGUUCAACACGGACCCCAAGAUCUUCUGCUUCAUCCUGUCGACGCGGGCUGGUGGUGUCGGCAUUAAUUUGACCGGCGCCGACACGGUCAUUUUCUACGACUCGGACUGGAACCCGACGAUGGACGCGCAGGCGCAGGAUCGUUGUCAUCGGAUUGGCCAAACACGACAUGUCACGAUUUACCGCAUGAUCUCCGAUCGUACAAUCGAGGAAAACAUCCUGAAGAAGGCCAUGCAGAAGCGGAGAUUGGGCGAGAUGGCCAUCGACGAGGGCGGCUUCACGCCCGACUUCUUCAAGCAGUCCAGCAACCUGCGCGAUUUGUUCAAGGACGACCUGGCUGAAGACGAUCUACCGGUGUGUGUGGAUGUGCCACAAGAUGCGAAGGCCUUUGAAAAGGAGAUGGCUGCCGUCGAAGAAGAGCAGGACACGACCAAUUUGAAGAUUGCGCGCGACGAGGCGAAGGCGGAAACGGGCGAAUUCGCGCUGACAGCCGGCUCGGUGCGGGACACGCAGCUCGAGGAGCUCAGCCAGGACCAGAUGCUUUUCCGGGAGCUGAUCACUCGAAUGCUGCCCAUCGAACGCUACGCCCUCCGUCAAGUCGAAGCCGACACGGCCGCCUACUACGACAAGCAGACCGAGCAGGCCAUGGAAGAAGAACGCAGAAAGGGCGGUGAAUCGCAAAAAGUCAAGCCUCCCGGACCGUCUAGAGUCCGGAAGCCGCUUCCCGCCCCGAAAGAGCGCGGCCUGAGGCGCAGCACGCAGCUCACGAAGAAAGUGGCGGAGAGCGAUGGCUUUGCGCUGAAGCCGCGGAAACGGUCCUCCUUGCACGUGAAAGGCAAUUCUGACGAAAGCGACGACGAUGCC